UAGGUGGAUCAUUGUUAAUUUCUGUAUGACUCAAUAGUAUCGGUGUUAUAUAUGCAAGAGCUCGUACACCAUCAACUUUUUUUUACUGAAGUCUGCAUAUUUUUCAUUGCAAAAUGUUUGGUUUAAAGAAAUCUCCCAUGAAGAUUGCUAAACAUAACUCAGUUGAUCCUGGAAAUUCUGUUCCCUCUAGCUUGAACCCUUUUGACCAUGAUGAUGAGUUGGAUAAUAAGCGAAAACACAAUUCCUCGAGGACUUCUUCUGAGCGUGCCCUAGUUACACCAAACUUUGGAACCAACCCUUUUGAUGAUAAAGAGCAGAAAACAACCUCCUCUUCUUCAUCUUCUUAUGCACUUACUUCAGCAGAGAGAAAUAGGUACAAGAAUGCUUUCCAUGACUCUGGUGGAUUAGAGAACCAAUCUGUGCAAGAGCUGGAGAACUAUGCCGUGUACAAGGCUGAGGAGACUACGACAGCAGUCAAAGGUUGCGUGAAGAUAGCAGAGGACAUAAGAGACAAUGCUACCAAAACUUUGGUCACCUUGCACCAGCAGGGUGAGCAACUUACCCGGACCCACAUGGGUGCUGCCGACAUUGAUCACGAUCUUAGUCGGGGUGAGAAGCUUCUUGGAAGUCGGGGCAUGUUCUCUAAGACUUGGAAGCCAAAGAAGACACGCCCAAUAAGUGGCCCUGUUAUCGUAGGAGAUGAUUCAUCCCGGAGAAACGUCAACCACUUGGAGCAGAAGGAAAGGUUAGGAUUGAAUACAGCCAAGGGAUCAUCAAACACACUAAACCCAUCUGCUGAACCCAUAAAUGCACUUCAGAAAGUUGAGGUGGAAACGGCAAAGCAAGAUGAUGCGCUGUCUGAUCUAAGUAAUCUAUUGGGAGAGCUCAAGGAAAUGGCUAUUGACAUGGGCUCAGAAAUUGAGAGUCAGAACAAGGCUUUGGAUCAUUUCGAUGAUGAUGUUGAUGUGAUAGACACACGUGUAAAAGAUGCUACUCGACGUGCUCGUCAUUUACUUGGAAAGUAGGGUGAGGAUUUGCACUGCUAAUUGUUUCUCUUAAAGCGCCCGUGGAAAUGGAUUAGAACCCCUUUGGUGCAUAUAGUGUGUGUGUGUGUAAGUUUUAAAUUCUGCUCAUGUUGCUUUACGCACGAUCGAGAAAAUGGCAAUGAUGA